GAUGGGCAUGAUAUUAAUUCAUCGAAAAAUGGUACAGCAACUGAUGCUAAGAUUGUAAAAUCGGAAGUGAACGAUACAGAUUUAUAUGAUGCUGCUAUUGAGCCAUCAGGACAGUCUAGCAAGAUGGAGCCAUCACCUGUGAAAUCAAGUAUUUCCUCUACCACAGUGGGCAGUCAAUCUAAACCUUUACCAGCACUUGGUAUUAAUCAGAACAAUGGUGGACGAAGAUACUGCUGUUAUAUCGGAAACAUGACUUGGUGGACAACGGAUGUCGAUUUGCAAACUAUGAUAUUGUCUUGUGGCGCCACAAAUUUAAUCGAUAUUAAGUUUUAUGAGAAUCGGAAUAAUGGUCAAAGUAAAGGCUUCGCUUUAGCAGUUUUCACUGCUGAAAGCUCAGUCAAAACUGUAAUGGAGAAGCUGCCACAAAAGAUUCUUCAUGGACAACAACUCGUUGUUCUUCCAUAUACAAAAGCGUCCUUGGCUAAAUUCGAAGAUGCAACCAGACGAGUUGAUCAAAGAAAUGACAAGAAGGAUUCUAAGAAAGAUGACCAGAAGACGCCAUUUGUUGGUACUAUUCGAAUUGGGAUGCCACCGCAACAAUCAAUACAACCAGGACAGAUGACUUUGCCACCACCUGUACCACUACGACCACAAGUCCAGGUACCUCCACCAAUACCUUCAUUACGUCCUCCUGCUCCUGUUUCAUUGAUGUUGCCUCCCAAUCAACAACCUCCUCAGAUGCGUGGCCCUCCCCCAACUUCUCAACCUCUUCCGCUUGGCGCGCUUAGUGUAGCUCGACCACCAAUCAAUCUAAGUGCUCCUCCUCCAAACAUACCACAAGUACAGUUAUCAGCUGGAGCACCUCCACCAGGUGCACCACCAAUGAAUCGACCACCUCCUGGUUUUGGUCAGCCUCCACAGACUCUUCCACCAAUGUCUUCGGCUGCUCCAGCAGGUCCAUCUAACACAAGCCAGUCUGUGACAGGAAUGGCUCCACCUGGUGCCCCUCCAACAUCACAUCCUCCUCAUUCUUUUCCUCCACCAGGAGCACACAUCAAUCCUCAAGUAUAUCGUCAAAAUUACGGAGCAGGGCCAACUUCAGUGAGCUGUACUAUCGAAGGGAUGUCGGAAGCCGAAUUCGAAGAAAUAAUGAGUCGUAAUCGUACAGUCUCAUCGUCAGCGAUAACACGUGCUGUAAGCGAUGCUGCAGCAAAUGAUUACGCAUCUGCCAUUGAAACAUUGGUGACGGCUAUAUCGCUUAUUCGACAGAGUCGAGUUGCUAAUGAUGAUCGGUGCAAAGUUCUUAUCUCUUCAUUACAGGAUACCUUAAACGGAAUCGAAAGUAAAUCAUACAAUUCUUCAUCACGUAAGCACCGAUCGAAUCGUGAUCGUUCGCGUUCGCCAUCUGAACGGUCUCGUAAGCGACAUCGUCGCUCAUCUCGAAGUCGGUCGCGUUCAAGAGAACGAUAUGAUUAUUCGCCUCGGCAUUCUUCUUCAGGUCGACGUGCGUAUUAA